AUGCGGCGACAACCACUAGUGCGUAUGGCAAACCUGGAUGAUGAAAUGAGCCUGUCUCUGACAAGUGAGACUGAUGGCUCAGAUGAAGAUGAAGAAGACGUGGAUCAACCAUUGUCGGCACCACUUAAAAGGGAUAAGGAGAAGAAUAGAAGCGAAGUGCUACUUGGAUCAUGCUCAUCCCUCAUAGGACCUAAUGGUCAUGAAGAUACGCCAAGUAGCAGAGGUGCAGGUGCGUGA